CCCCCACUACCCCGCCACCUACCUACCUACUUUGGCUCCCAACUCGAACUUUCUUUUUUUAAAGUUGAGUCACAAGGAAGUACGUCUCUUGUAUUGUUGAAAAAAUAAAAUAAAAAUAAAGAUACUGCCGAACAGAGCAACUUGCAGACACGAAACGCAUCGCCGUCUUUCUACUACCAAAGAAUGGCGCCUGCCCACCAAAAUGGCAAGCAAGCUGCGAAGGCCGGCCCGGUAGUUCCUCUCACCAGUGGCAUCACUGUCACGAAGGAGGCCAACUUCCCUCAGUGGUAUCAAGAAGUUGUCACCAAGUGCGAGUUGGUAGACUACUACACCGAGAUUUCAGGCUUCUACAUUCUUCGACCAUCGGCGAUGCAUAUUUGGAACACAAUUCGAACAUGGUUCCAAGAUAGAAUCGAGCGUAUGGGUGUAGAGGAGACGAGUUUCCCCAUGUUCUUGUCUGCCAAGUCUCUAGAGAAGGAGAAGGAGCACGUAGAAGGAUUUGCCCCGGAACUGGCUUGGGUCACAAAGGCCGGUGACAAGGAUUUGGAAGUUCCCGUUGCCGUACGGCCGACUUCUGAGGCCGUUAUGUAUCCAUACUACGCGAAAUGGAUUCGUUCCCACCGCGAUCUCCCUUUUCGCUUAAAUCAGUGGAACUCUGUGGUGCGAUGGGAGGCCAAGCAAACGACACCAUUCCUGCGCGCGCGCGAAUUCAUGUGGCAAGAAGGACACACGGCGCAUCUCACCGAGGAGCUUGCAGCUAAGGAAGUUCUGGAGAUCCUCGAGCUUUACGCAGGUGUUUAUGAGCAAUUGUUGGCAGUGCCUGUCAUUCGCGGCAAGAAGACAGAAAACGAGAAGUUUGCCGGUGGAUAUUGGACAUCGACUUGUGAAGGAUUUAUCCCUUCCACUGGCCGUGGCAUACAGGGUGCAACAUCUCAUGCCCUCGGCCAGAACUUCAGUAAGAUGUUUGAUAUUACGGUAGAGGACCCCAACCAGAAGGGUGAGAAAAUCUUUGUCUGGCAGAAUUCCUGGGGUCUGUCCACUCGUGUUAUUGGCGUAAUGGUCAUGAUACAUUCAGAUAACAAGGGCCUUGUCCUACCUCCUCGAGUUUCUAAAAAUCAAGUUGUCAUAAUACCUGUGGGCAUAACUGCCAAGACCAGUAACGAAGUACGAGAAAGCCUAGCAAAGCAAGUCCAAGACUUGGCGGAUAGUCUGAAGAAGGAGAAGGUUCGCACGGAGGUUGACAACAGGGAAGGCUACACUCCUGGCUUCAAGUUCGCUGAUUGGGAGAUGAAGGGAGUACCCCUCCGACUUGAGUUUGGACCAAAAGAUGCAGCGAAUGCUGUGGUCACCUAUUCUCGUCGUGAUACGGGUUUCAAGGGCACUAUUCCGCUUGCAGAACUAACAACUCAAGUCCCGGCUCUUCUCGAGAAAAUUCAGCAAGACAUGUACGACAAGGCAAACGCGGAGUUCACAUCCCACCGGCUGAUUCUCGACGAUUGGACCAAAGUAGUUGCAGCACUUGAUGCACGUAACGUGGUGUUGAUUCCAUUCUGCGGCGAGCCGGCUUGCGAGGAGCUGAUCAAGGAUCAAACCAAAAGUGACGAGCACCGGGAACUGGGAGCGGAUGGUAAACCACAACCGUCCAUGGGCAUGAAGAGUCUCUGUGUUCCGUUUGACCAGCCUUCUGGCAUUGUUGAGGGUGAGACAAAAUGUCUAAGACCAGAUUGUAAAGCGACCGCAAAGUCAUGGGUGAUGUUCGGUCGGAGCUAUUAGUUACAACUCUUUCAAAGUAGUUUGCUAAGCCCUGCUGUUAUUGCAUAACAAGCCGGGAUAUAAUCUAUAAAGCACCAGGAUGGCAGUCAACCAUAAGAUAUCAUGUGAGAACAUCACAUAUGCAAUGGUACUGAAAUAAAUGCGAUCUAUUACACAUUGUCACUGCUUAUAGGGCAGGUCUCUGUCGUUCGGCAAAUGGUCUUACGAUGUCACUCCCAAGGCAACGCAACCAAGAGGGUAGUAACCCUUAGAUGUACGAAUGGCAACUAGCUUAGUUGUUUAAGAACCGAAAUAUUUCGUGCAUACACACACAUACCGGGAAACUAGCAUAUCUAUCUACUUGGGAUCCCAUGUUCUUAAAAUGAAACCGGGUUUGAUGAUUUGUUUCUAGUAACUUGGUAACUUACGUGUCGGCUCAUAAAGUAAACGUAGGCUUUGAAGGCGAAAGCUAUUAGCUGGUAUUGAAGAUCUAAAUCAACAGGUCACCUAGGUUGACUUCAAAGGACUGGCACAAUAUAUAAAUAACCUUUAUAAACAAUUACGGUACAAGAUCUGAUUGUACCCUUGAAAUACAUACCUACCUAUGUAGGUAGGGGGUACUGAAGGUACUUACAACAUGUUCUUUGGGCGUAUAUUCUAGUCCGG